GAAAACUGAAAAAUUCAAAACAUGUUUCAAAAUCUAUUAAAAAGUUUAGUGAUAAGGAAAAGCAGUUCUUUGCGAAAAUUUCUUCCUCUUUACUCGACUAAGUUACAGUCAUUUUCGACAAGUUUUAUUAGUAAUUGUAAAGUUAACGCUAGCAUAAACAUUCAAAAUGAAACUAUAGAACUGACUUCAAAUGUUAAAGAUUCAGAUUCAAUAAAAGCUCUUAAAUUUCCCUUUGUUUGGCUACGUGAUAAUUGUAAGUGCGAAAAGUGUCAUCAUCCAACUUCAUCUAGUCGAAUAAUAAAUUGGGAGAAAUUUGAUGUGACAGUAAAGCCCAAAAACAUUAUGUAUGAUGAUGAAAAUAAUAUUUUAAAGAUUGAAUGGAAUGAUAAAUCUGGACACAUUUCGGAAUACGAAUAUGAUUGGCUUGAUGAAAGAAAUUUUUCGGAUGAAAAUCGGAACAUUUAUCUAAAUAAAUUCUAUAGACCGGCCAAAAUACUUUUAAACAAAAUUGAUAUGCAACACAAACUUGAAUAUUUUGACUAUCAUAAAGUUAUUCAAGAUGACAUGGAAUUAUAUAAAUGGCUUCGCAGUUUAAUUACACAUGGAAUAGCAAUUAUUACUUGUGUUCCUGAAACAGAAAGUGAAGUUCGUGUCUUAGCCAAUAGAGUAGCUUUUAUCAGAAGAACUCACUAUGGCGAGGAGUUCAUCGUAAAAGCAAAAGAAGGAACAUCAAAUGUUGCUUAUCUACCUGAAAAUUUACAAAUGCACACUGACUUGCCCUAUUAUGAUUACGCUCCCGGAGCCAAUUUACUUCACUGUCUAGUGCAAGCAAAAUCGGAAGGUGCAGAAAAUCUUUUAACAGAUGGAUUUUAUAUUGCUGAUAAAAUGCGAAAUGAAUAUCCUAAAGAAUUUGAAAUAUUAACAAAAGUUUUAGUGAAUUGGUCUGAUAUAGGCCAGGAGGACAAUAUUCAUUUCCAUUCACUUAACCGAGCACCGAUGAUAUGUUUAGAUUACGAAGGAAACAUAGACAGAAUAAAUCAUAGCAUACCCCAGCGUGAUUCAUUCUUUACUGUUCCAUUGAAAGAUGUUAAAUUAUGGUAUAAAGCGCUUGCAUUGUUUGUAGACUUGAUAUAUAAUGAAGCACUUGAGAUGAAAACUAAAGAAGGAACCGUACUUUGUUUUGAUAACACCAGAUUGAUUCACGGAAGAAAAAAGUACCUGGACACAAAAGAUAACCGACGUCACAUAAUUGGAGCUUAUUUGGAUUGGGACGAGUUAUAUUCUCGAUAUCGAGUUCUUCAAAACAUAUUUGAAAUUUAA